UUAUUUUUGGUGCACAACUCACCGUACCACAACACAAACGGAGAAUCGUUUGUAAAAUAAACAAUAGCACGGCAAAGAGUGUGAACGCAAGUGUCUCUUUCGCCACUGCGGUAGUGGCAAGAUUACGAAAAUGAAACUAUCGUGGAUCAAACUUCUACAUAUUUUUUCUGUAUGUUUACUCGUUAGGAAAUCGGAAGCAGAUAGAACUUGUAAUGCUCCUUUGGGAAUGAAGUCUGGUCUUAUAUAUAAUUCAAUGGUCACAGCAUCUUCAUCACUAUCAUCGUUACGGGGACCGGAGUAUGGACGACUUCAUUGGACAGACGGUGAGGGAGGCUGGACAGCUGCAACGCACGACACCAACCAGUACUUGACGAUAGACGUAGGUGCUGUUGCAAAAAUUACCAAAGUGGCCUCGCAGGGUCGCCACGACAGCCGGGAGUGGGUAACGGAGUACAAACUGCAGUACAGUAACAGCAGCGAUGACAACACAUUCCAGACCUAUGCUCAAAACGGGGUUCAACGGAAAUUCAUUGGAAAUUCCGAUAGUGACAGUGUGAAAUCAAACGACAUUAAUCCGCCUAUUUAUGCACGCUAUAUACGUUUUAAUCCAACUAUAAAGAAGUCCUACUUUUCAAUGCGUGUGGAAUUGUAUGGCUGCCUUGCAGAUUCAAGUGUUGCGAUGUUUGAGGGUUCUAACUAUAUUUCAUAUAAUGUUGAGAAGCCAAGGUAUCACAUAGUCGAGACUGAAUGGAACGUAACGUUUCGUUUCCGUACCACCGAAGCGAACGGAGUGAUCAUGGCCGGUUAUGGAACACAGGGCGACUACCUGGUCUUUCAGCUUAUCCAAGGACAACUCAUGAUUAAUGUUAACUUAGGGAGCACAGAUGAUGUUUCAGGCGAUAGCAGGUUCGUUAUUGGUGGCCUGCUGGAUGAUAACCAGUGGCAUUAUGUUGUGUAUUACCGCAAGAGGAGGGCGGUCCGAGUCAGCAUUGACUCUAUUCACAUGCAGGGCUACACUAAAGGCAGCUUUUCGCGAAUUGAUCUUGAUAGAGAGGUUACUUUUGGUGGAACUCCUGACUUUUACAGACCUGGAAUCUACAGGAACGAAGAGAUUCCAGACCAGAAUUUUAAUGGAUGUUUGGAAAAUAUGAAUUUCAAUGGUCAAUUUGAUGUGAUCGGCACAGUCAAGAAGGAAACUAAUAACCCUCGUCUAAAGGUACAUGGUGGUCAGACAUUCGCCUGUACUAGCGAAGUCGUGGUGCCUGCGUCAUUCCCAACACAUGAAUCUAGACUUAUUAUUGAGAAUACACAAGGUGGAGGUUUAAGUGUAAGCUUCAGGUUCAGAACCUACGAGACAAAUGGUGUUCUGUUGUACAAUGAACUGUUCACUGGAGAACCCUUCCAAAUCCUUAUUCAGGGUGGUUCUAUCAAUAUCCUAGUAGGGAAUGAACUCACUGGCACCACAAUCAACAGCGAUGGUGCUGCUAUUAAUGAUGGAUUGUGGCACAGUGUCGAGGUGAAGAUUAUAAACGAUGAACUCCAGUUCAUAGUGGACGACUUUAGGAGUAGCACCAUAGUUACUGCAACACCAAUGAAUAUGUAUUAUAUUGGAAGCGACAAGGAACAAACUAGUCUUGGUUUUCUUGGUUGUAUGUUGGAUCUUAUGAUUGGCAGCGUUCGGGUAAACUUUCAAGCGCUGACCCCUGCUGAAAAUGAAGGUGUAGAGGUCAAUACAUGUGGCUUGUAUGAUUGGUGUACCCCCAACCCCUGCGAGCAUGAUGGAACAUGCCAGGCAUCAUGGUCCGGAUUCAGCUGCUUAUGUCCGAAUGGCUACGGUGGUAGUACAUGUCAUCGUGCUCUGUCAAAGAGGUCGUGCGAUGCAAUCCAGCGCACUUCAGGUUACAGUGGAAAUCAACUGAUAGACAUCGACAGUAGCGGACCCCUAGAACCGUUCUUGGUUAGGUGCAUAUUUGAAGAUGGUGUAGUGUUGACUGAAUUGGACCAUAAUUCAGAAGGGGAGAUCAGAGUGACUGGAUCAAAUGAACCAGGAUCUUACAAACAUGACAUUGAUUAUGAUGGAGUAGGCAUGGAUCAGAUUCGCAUGCUGGUAUCAGAGGCUGAGCACUGCGAGCAAUACAUCAAAUAUAGAUGCAAGAAGUCCAAGCUACUCAAUUCGCCAAAUGGUCCUCAGUAUGGUUGGUGGGUAUCUAGCACAGGCGAGAAGAUGGAUUAUUGGGGAGGGGCAGGCCCUGGUACUAGAAAGUGUGCCUGUGGAAUUGAAGGAACGUGUGCUGAUUCCAAUAAAUGGUGCAAUUGCGACAUUGACGAUACAAUCGAGCGGGAAGAUUCCGGUAUACUGACACAGAAACCAUACCUACCAGUCGCACAGCUUAGGUUCGGUGACUUUGAUCCUCAAACCUCCACGGGUUACUACACACUCGACCCACUAAUUUGUCGUGGUGAAGUACAAAAUCCUGUUACGUUUCGAGACCAACAAGCCCAUUUGAAGUUUGAAAUUGAAUUGACCGCUGAGGGCGGUUUCGAUGUUUACCUUGAAUUCAAGACGACUGUCUACCCAGCUGUACUGCUCAAUGGCAUCCACGAAACAUACAUAGAUUAUCUUCAGUUGGAGUUGAUUACAAACAAAAAGAUGGUAUUUUCCCUCGAUUACGGUGCGGGACCAGAAUCCAUUAGCAUCGAAACCGAUCAAGAACUGACAGACAACAUGUGGCACCGUGUCUAUAUUGAGAUGGAUCCCCUCGAGAUGUACCUAGAGGUAGACGAAGCUAAUGGCGUAACACGCCCAUUACCUUAUGGUGAUCGUAAUGUACUAUUUGAUAUAAAUCGUGGCACACUAUUUGUAGGUUCAACAGCCAGUCAAAGCAAUGGGUAUGUUGGCUGUAUGCAAAGUUUGCGAAUGAAUGGAAAGCCAAAGGAUAUGGUUGCGGCUUCUAGGCAUGCAUAUUAUGUUGUUCAAGGAUGUACUGGCCACUGCGAUAGCAGGCCUUGCAUGAACAAAGGCACAUGCAUUGAACGCUAUUCUACGUUUGAGUGCAAUUGUGAGGGUUCAGCAUUUGCUGGCAUGAUUUGUACACAAGAGGUUGGAGUAGAUCUUGACGAAGGUUCAGAGGUUAGUUAUACCAUCCCAAGUCAAGACUCAUUAAAUUCUGUAAAUGAUGUUAUCGUUGCUGGAUUCUCCACUGUUCAGAAUACAGAAGGCCGUAUUGUUCGUAUUGAUUCCCAUGCAGGCAACAGCUUUAUGGAAAUAAAACUUAAUUCAGAAGGUGCAAUACAAUUUAGCUUUGCAUUUGGAGAUGAUACAGGUUCACUAACAGAAGAUGUAGGAAGCUAUGCAGAUGGUAAUCAUCAUGUUGUUAAGGUAAACAGAAUCGGAAAUGCCUUUUCAAUGAUGAUUGAUGAGACUUCACCGACGUUGGAAAACUUUGACCUCAGUGUUAGCACCUUUAGUAGUCCAUCCAAAAUCACGAUUGGUAGCCCAGAUGGAAACAAUCGGUUUGUAGGUUGCAUCUCCAGGGUUCGUUUUAAUAAGUUCUACCCACUGAAAAUGUUCGACCCUGUUAGUCAACCACCAGAAAUAGCCAGCAGAGGCCUAGUAGUUGAAUCAAACUGUGGCGUUGAAGGAGCGACACUGCCCCCAACAUCUAAAUUACCAUACCCUGAUUUUACUUACAAGAUGCUCUCCACUGUACCACCUGGUCAGCCCUCAGUAGCUGCAGUAAAGACAACUGGGGACAAAGUGUCAAUUGCAUUUGUUGUACUAGUAUUAUUUGUGGCUCUGGGCUCAAUGCUUUUUGUCAUUAGACGCUACAUGAACCGCCAUGGGGGAGAGUACCAUACAAACGAGGACAAGGGAGUAGCAGAAGCUGAGGAUGCAGAUGCGGCUGUCAGGGCGUCAGACCCAAACCAUCAGGGGGAUAGGAGCAGAGAGUGGUUCUUAUAGAUGAGUAAUGCCGGACAUACAUUAUCAUAAUUCAGUUUCUGUCAGACAUGACAAACAUUUGUUUGGUCAAACAAUAUCUGCUUCAGUUUGGUCAAACAAUAUCUGCUUCAGAGAUGGGAGCAGAUCGUCUUUUUAUUUAAAGUCUGGCAAACAUUGCGACGAUGCUCGUAGGCUGAUGCUAUCCCAUGGAGGUUGCAAUGCAAUAUUUGGCACGAGCAUUAGAUUGUUCUUAAUGGCAAUUCGCUCAGUCAGUGUUGCAUUAUCAAGCACUCGCACAGACAUGGAUCUGUCGCAAUGCAUGCCUGGCUUAAGAACACAUGCAUCUCUUUAAAGUAUUUAACUUGAAUAUUUUUUAAUUCAAAUUUGACCAAAAUAUUAAUAGAAUAUAUGGACCAUAAUCUCAAUGCAUGGACUGUAAUUCAUAUCUUUAAAUUGUGGGAUUUAGUACUGUGUAAUCAUGGAGCUAUAAUAUGUAUAUUGUUGUUAUUGUUGUGAUUACAAUUGUUAAUAUACCCUAAUUUUUUUAUCAGGCCAAAACCAUAUAUUCACUAGAUUUUUUAAAGUUUUUCUUUAUGUAUUUAGAACUGCUAAACAUAUUUUUAAAUAGUUUUUUAUUCAGUUAUAUUAGCUUUAUUUUUUGUGAAGAGCUCCGAAAACAAUUGUGAAUGGCUGAUAUUUUUCAAUUACAGUAUAAUUUUUUUUUUUGUGAUUAGAAAAAUUGUAAAUGGCUGAUACUUAAUAUCUAAAAUUGAAUUGUAAAGAUGUAAAAUAAUUAGAACUGUUUGUACACAUUUGCACUUCAUAGAUUUAAAAUAAUUUUUAAGGUAGACAAAUUUUUUGGAUACUUUUUGUUUAGAAUUUUAUUAAUCAUUAUUUAAAUAUCUGUUUGUUUCUUUGAUCAGUUAUGUUUGUGGUUAUUAGAUUUCUGUAGUAAUUAAUUCUGUCUUAACUAUUUAUAUUCCUCCAUGUAGAUUUAGUUAUUUUGAAAUUUUUUAAAAACUUUAUAUAGUACAGUAACUGUUUUAAUAAGUACUGUAUUUAUUCGAGAACAAAUUAUUUUUAAUCACUGAUCAAUUCAUUCCUUUUAAUAUGAACAAUUAUCUUCGUAAUUAGUGAUAUGAUAGAUUUGACUAAUUGCAGAUGAAUUAAUAUUUUUUUCCGAACCGAAGAAAGAGCCAGUACUACUCAGUUGACAACACAAAAAUGGGUCGUAUUUUUAUAUGAAUGUAGCACCCUCUACAAUCCUCUAACAGAUCUUGAUAUUUUUAAAAGUACCAGAAUAAGUUGGUAUGUCAAAAGUUAAAGCAUAUAAACAAGUCCAGUAUAAGGGUUACACAAGUUGUAUUAAAAAGCAAAAUGAAUAUUACAUACAUUCAUUCCAUGCAUGAUGCUUUGACCUGUGUGAAGCCGGCAACACACUGUGCCUGACUGUCGCCGGUCGACACAAUUCUAUUGGGAAGGCAGCUCCACGACGCACACAACAGAUCAUUUUAAAAGACGAUCCGUUCAGACUGCCACCAACAAUCAGCAGACAGUGUCGCACCGUCAAGCGCUUACAGGGAGCGGAGUUAAAUUUAUCGGCCGACUGUUGUACAACCAUCAUACAAUGCAGUGUGUGUGUGGCUUCAGUGAAGUCUACAAUACUUACUGUGAACCAUUACCAUUUAGUACCUUUAUGAAAUGUUUCCUCUUUGAAGAAAGUCAACUAUUUCUAUAUGAAAACAAUUUUUUUGAAAACUAACUGAAUAAUUAAGCUCCAAUAAUCUAUUUAGUUUAAAGUUAUUUCUAGUUGAAAAGUUGGAAGUUAUCAUAAAUGAAAUAUGUGAUAUUAAUGAAAAGUUAAAUAUUUAUAUUAUUAAUGAGUGAACUGAGUUACCUGUGUACAUUUAACGUGAUGCAGUUGAGCAUUUCGUUUCUAGUGUCUCCUCUUGCAAUAUGAACUUUGACCUUGAUAAUUACAUGCAAAUAAAUUUAAUCUAAACCUUGUGUAGAUUUUAUUCAUUCCUUGUAUUUAUAUUAUAAGCUUGAUAAUUACUGACCUUUGCUUGUAGGUUUGACCUUUGACUUAACCGCAACCCAAUAUUGCUGAUGUACAUGUUUUGUACAUGAAUAUAAUAUAAUCAGCGGAAGCAGUCUAUUUAAUUUAAUCUAUUUUAACAUAAUUGGACAUAAAAAUAUAUAUGGUAGAUGUAAUACUAAUACAGUAUGUAUAUUGUAUUUAAUUAUGUAAUAUAUUAUUUUAAUAUAAUAUACAGCAAUUUAAUACAUGGUAUUGAUAUACAAAGCAUGACAAAAAUGUAUAUUAAUGUUAAGUUGUAUUGUUAAUAUUAUAUGAUUACAAAAUGUAUAUAUAAUUGAACCAUUCUAUGUAUGAUAUGCAAGUGAUAAUUUAAUAAGAUAUUCUGCCAUCCUCCAGUGUUAGACUCUUCCAUUCAUUGGACAAUGGUGGGUUGUGCCAUUUUACUGAUCAUUUGCAUUGGGUAUUGCAGUCAAGUCUUUAGUAGUGCAAUGUUUGUGAAAAAGUUGUUUCUCUACAAAUGACUAUUAUUAAAAGUCAUUUUUUUUCUUUUUGUAAUCUUUUUAAAACUUGUUGGGAACUUGUAGAAUAAUAGAUUGGUACAUUACUAACUGUAAAUACACAACUCCCUAUUUAACAAGAGGUUGAGAAGUCUUAAGCCAUGAAUAUAUAUUUUCUUAUUGUUGAAGCAACAGUAGAUUAAAACAUAGUUGAUUCCCAGUAGUGGGUCCAAGGAGAUGAUAAGGUGUGUUCUUUUUAGCAAUUAAACUUGAUUUUUAAUAAAUACGUUUUCCCUGG